ACACUUCCGGCGAGGCUGCGGCCGCGGAGGGGCGCCGGCGGGCGGCCGCUGGGGGUGGCGGGAUAGGCUGGGCGCGGCCGGCGGUGCGGGCCCGCUGCUGCUGUCCAGGUCUCGGCGGCCCCCCGAGGGCCCUCCGUCCCUCCGGCGCCAUGGGCAAUUGCCACACGGUGGGGCCCAACGAGGCGCUGGUGGUUUCAGGGGGCUGUUGUGGUUCCGACUAUAAACAGUAUGUGUUUGGCGGCUGGGCCUGGGCCUGGUGGUGUAUCUCCGACACUCAGAGGAUUUCCCUAGAGAUUAUGACGUUGCAGCCCCGCUGUGAGGACGUAGAGACGGCCGAGGGGGUAGCUUUAACUGUGACGGGUGUCGCCCAGGUGAAGAUCAUGACAGAGAAGGAGCUCCUGGCCGUGGCCUGCGAGCAGUUCCUGGGCAAGAACGUGCAGGACAUCAAGAAUGUCGUCCUGCAGACCCUGGAGGGGCACCUGCGCUCCAUCCUCGGAACCCUGACGGUGGAGCAGAUUUAUCAGGACCGGGACCAGUUUGCCAAGCUGGUGCGGGAGGUGGCAGCCCCUGACGUCGGCCGCAUGGGCAUCGAGAUUCUCAGCUUUACCAUCAAGGACGUAUAUGACAAAGUGGACUAUCUGAGCUCCCUGGGCAAGACGCAGACUGCGGUGGUGCAGAGAGAUGCUGACAUCGGGGUGGCCGAGGCCGAGCGAGACGCGGGCAUCCGGGAAGCCGAGUGCAAGAAGGAGAUGCUGGACGUGAAGUUCAUGGCAGACACGAAGAUCGCCGACUCCAAGCGGGCCUUCGAGCUGCAGAAGUCGGCCUUCAGUGAGGAGGUCAACAUCAAGACGGCUGAGGCCCAGCUGGCCUAUGAGCUCCAAGGGGCCCGAGAGCAGCAGAAGAUCCGGCAGGAAGAGAUCGAGAUUGAGGUCGUGCAGCGCAAGAAGCAGAUUGCGGUGGAGGCGCAGGAGAUCCUGCGCACAGACAAGGAGCUCAUCGCCACGGUGCACCGCCCUGCCGAGGCUGAGGCCCACCGUAUACAGCAGAUCGCCGAGGGCGAGAAGGUGAAGCAGGUCCUCUUAGCACAGGCAGAGGCUGAGAAGAUCCGCAAAAUUGGAGAGGCGGAGGCAGCGGUCAUUGAAGCGAUGGGCAAGGCAGAGGCUGAGCGGAUGAAACUCAAGGCUGAGGCCUACCAGAAAUACGGGGACGCGGCCAAGAUGGCCUUGGUGCUGGAGGCCCUGCCCCAGAUCGCUGCCAAAAUCUCCGCCCCACUGACCAAAGUCGAUGAGAUUGUGGUCCUCAGCGGGGACAACAGCACGGUGACAUCAGAAGUGAACCGACUGCUGGCCGAGCUGCCUGCCUCUGUGCAUGCCCUCACUGGCGUGGACCUUUCUAAGAUACCACUGAUCAAGAAGGCCACCGGGGCGCAGGUGUGAGGUCCCGAAGGCUCACGCCCUUCAGCAGCCACCGCCCCCCCCUCCAGCACCUGUUUUAAUACCACAGGGACAACGGGAACGUUACUGACUCUGGUGCCUUAUUUUGUAGGGACCAGAAGUGCUGCGUGUUCAGGCCUCUGGCUGUCUUCCCUUCUCCCCUGUCUCUGUCUCCUUCCUCUUCUCCACCCACACCCCCACUUUCACUGCCACAUUCGUCUGGUUUGUCUCUCCCACCAUCACCUCCCUGCACGUCUCUUCCUUUGUCUGUCUGUCUGUUUCUCUCCCUCUCUCCUCCCUCCUUCUACACACGUCCUGUAGUUUCAACUGAAGAUGUCUAUUACAAUCACUGUCUGUCUGUCAGGGGUGGCCCUGCUGCCCCUCAGAAUCCUGGUGCCUUGAAGUUUUCUGUGCAUCUGUCCGUUCCCCCUGUGGCCCAGGCCAGAGCUUCAGCAUGGGUGCAGGGGGUCUGGGUAGGGGCGACCACCCUGCCCCCCUCCUGGCCUGGUCUUCCCAGCCCUCACCCUGUCCCCAGGAAGCCCCCAGCCUCACCCACUCCGGCCCCUCUCAGCCCAGGCAGCUAUGGCUGCAGGCCCAGGGCCAUCACCCUUCUCUAACCCCUGCCCAGCCCCAGGCCUGCUCUCAUACCUUAGCUCUCUCCCCCCGCCCAGGGGCACAGAGGCAAGGCCUCCUGUGUAUAGCAGCUCCCUCAGUUUACUACUGCCUUAGGAGGCCCCUGCUUGUGCUCAGGGAAGUCCCCUUCCUGGACAUGUCCCUACCAGGUGGAGGGGGGCUUGGUCCCAACUCUGCUACCCCUUUUCUGGGACCAGGAUCUAGCCCUUCUGGGACUGGAAAGCGUGUAGACCCUCUUCCUGCUAGGGCUGUGCUGUCCUGGGUUUUGGGCCGGGUCCUUCCCAGGGCAAAGCUCUGCCACCCCUGUACAGAAUCGAGUGCGGCAGACUGGCCAGACUCCACACCCCUGUGCCAUCGUUCUUCCUGGCCAGGGUGAUAGGGUUCCAGCCAUGGGGAAGCAGCCCCGUCCUCUGUCUCCUUGCUGCAGUGGAGGCAGAAGAGCUCAGGGCCCAAGCAUCCUGGCAGGGUCCCAGCCCCCCACCCCUUGCCCCAGCCUGUGUAGCUGUUCGUGCAUGUGGAUGCUGCAUGUCUGGUCUGGGGCUUGGAUGCUGCACUGCCCCGCUGCCUGUCCCUUCUGGUAAAAUAAAUAUCUGGUCAUGCCCCCA